CUAUAAUAAAAAAAGUUUUUUACUUGCUAAUGUGAGAAGCGAUUUAGUGUGAAAAAUACUGAAAAUGGCAUCGCUUUGUAGGCAAAUUCUUCGCGUAAAUUCUCUCAGGGCUGUCGUCAUGCCCGCCGUUCGACGGGCGUAUUCCGACAAAAUGAUGCCCGACCCACUUGAGCAUGCAACCGGUCUUGAGAAGAAGGAAUUGCUAGCACUUGAGUCUGGAGACGAUGAUCCUUUCAACAUGAAGGUGUUGAAGAAGGCUGCUGGCACACGUGAACAACCUACACUUGUGCCUUCUUGUUUCGAUGCCCGCAUUGUUGGUUGCAUAUGCGAGGAGCACGCCACAGCUGUCACUUGGCUCUGGGUACACAAGAAUCAUCCCCGCCGCUGUGAAUGUGGUCACUGGUACAAAUUAGUUGAGAAGGCGCCCCUAUAAGCAAUU